UGGUGUUUGUUCUCCCCCUUUUGUUUUUUUUGUUUUUAACCUGUUUAUUGUUUAAGUGUAGUUUUCAGAGUGUUUGUUAGGAAUAAUUGUUUGUGGUGUCUUUCGUUGGAUUAGUUCCAGUUUUUCAAUCAACGUAUGAUGAGUUCCCCUACUACGUGCUCUAGCGAUUUAGAGUUCGUUUCCCUCACCCGUCGUGAGGACAUUGUUUGGCCCGAAGUGGCCCUUAAUUCUUCUGACAGCGAAGUCAGUGAUGCCUCUACUUUGCCACUAAACGAUAUCACCCUCGCCCAAAGUGACAUACCGGACACUCCUGCUUGCCCUGAUCCUGUGUUUGAGGCGUAUUUUGACGCCCAUGCUCGACCUUACAGCCCAGCCCCCCACUCUACUGGUGUUGGAUCCGUUGAAUCUUGCUCGAAACGAGACAGCUCCGCCCAGACUAACUCUUAUUUUCCGGAGGGUUUUCCUUUAGAAGGCAACUUUUAUAAUAUACCAGCCCAUAGUUCUGCCACUCAUUUGCUGAACAGCGAUCUCCCCCUUCGUCCCUAUGUACCUCCGGCGGCUGACGAACAAGUGGUCCUGCAGCUGAUCGCUCGGCGUAGACUUUUAGCAGACGGUUCCAUCCGAAUGGAAUAUCGGUGGGCUGGUCCCAAUUUUUAUUAAGUAAGUUUACCCUUAUCUAUUUCUAAUUCUCCCUGUUUUUUUUUUUUUUUUUUUUAUUUUAAAGUAAGUAUAUAUUACAACCGUAAUGUUUUCUUAUGAAUGUAAUUCUAAUAAUGUGCUGAUUUUAUUAUUGUAUAUAUGCUAAAAUUGCUACUGUGGUGACCGUGCCCCAAAUUCCUAUCAUUGUUGGGGAAUAUGUCUCAUUGAGUUUUUGGUUCGACACACGUUGGCUUUGUUCUUCGAAUUCUUUCUCUAAUAAUUUCAGUUUUUCGUCCGAAUCCGACUUUUUCCAUGAGAAGAAUUUGUUGUCGUUUUCUACUACUACGACCUUUCGACCUACAUCUUUCAGUAUCAACGAUACAUUUUCUAACUUUAAUUCGAGUUUGGGUUUAUAAAGAUAUCUAUACGGAUUCUCUUUAAUUUGAAGACUCGGCAAUUCUAUAGUAUCUAACUUAAGAAUACAUUCUCUCGCCACAUGUACAAUCCCUAUACCUGCCAAAGUGUA